ACAGAUGACAGACACGCACAUAAACAAUAAUUAUUAUGUACACUGUCCGAUGCUGUUGUGUUUGCAUAGAUUGUGGACGUUCCGUGAGAGUCAGUUCGCGGAUCGGUGGUGGCAAAACUGCUACAGCCGGGGAGUAUCCAUGGCAAGCCAUGUUGUGCGGAAGGAACGGCGUCUUCUGCGGAGGAGUGAUGAUCAGCAAGUGCUGCAUUCUGACGGCAGCGCACUGCGUGACAGGGCGAGAUGCAAACAACGAGUUCAACACAAAAAGAGUCUCGAGCCUCAAGAUCUGUCUGGGACGAGCAUGUGGCAACUGCAGCCAAGGAUACUACGAUCCCAAAAACCGAAGAAACAGGAAGGAGGCCCAGUGUUUCAAAGCUCACCGGAUCAAAAUCCAUCCCGGCUAUAUAUACAACGCCACUCACUUAGAGAACGACAUCGCCAUCGUUCAGUUGAGACCCGACAAGUGCAUCAAAUGCGUUACGUCUAGCGCCUCACCGGUUUGCCUGCCUGUGGCGACCCGAGACGCGCCCUAUCUACAGCCUGGAAGUAAAGCGUGGGUGUCAGGAUGGGGGGAGAUCCGCCUAGGACAAGGUCCGUCGCACUGCUUGAGAAAGGGUCGCACGGAAAUCGUUGAGAGAGACAGAUGUAGAGCUUACUACGCGCGAGAAUCGUAUACAAUCAGUAGGAAUCAGAUGUGUGCUCUUAACGAGAAAGGUCCGUGUAACGGAGACGCAGGAAGCCCACUGAUUUUCAGGAAUCAGCAAUAUGAUAACCGAUUUGUGUUGGCUGGUCUAGUGAGUUGGGGAAAGAGUUGUGGACGCAGCGACACCUAUGGAGUUUACUCAGACGUCUCUCAUUUUGUCGACUGGAUUUACCAAAAAUGCACCGAUUAUAAGUAG